GGGCUGCUCUCCUCUCCUCUCCUUUCGCUCCUUCUGCUUCGUCAUCUGCCUGCUUCAUCCGUGCCUGCGUCUCCUGCUCCUCUGCAAUUCAUUUCCACACUCUUUGCAUACCCCGUACUCUUUCAUCUCCACCUCCCACCCUCUCUCCUCUCGUCGUCCGUCUUGUUCAGCCAUGGCGUCCACAUUGCAACUCCCCUCUGUCUUCCACUGCUCUUCCUCUUCUCUCACACCUCCCCACAACCUCCUCGCAAAUUCAUCCUCGUCGCGCACUGGGUCCUCAUGCCCACUUCGGGCUGUAUCCUGCUCUUCCACCCACUCCGAUUCUUCCGACUCUUCUGCCCCUGUGUCUCGCCGUCAGCUCUCUGUUGGCACAUUGCUUGUCUCCACAUUUGGCGUCGUGGGUGGUGCUUUUGCCGAUUUCGAUGAGGAUUACAAGUCCGAGACGCAAGAUAUGAUCGGCCAGGUGCGAUCAACAUUGGCGAUGGAGAAGACGGACCCUAACAAAGCAGCUGCGGUGGCGAAAUUGCGCCAGUCCGGUAAUGAAUGGGUUGCCAAGUACCGCAAGGCCAAGAAGGUUGCAGGCAAACCCUCAUUCAGCAACAUGUACUCUGUCAUCAAUGCUAUUAGUGGGCACUACGUCAGCUUCGGCGCUACCUAUCCUAUUCCCGCUAAGCGCAAGGACCGUAUCUUGGACGAGGUGAAGGAUGCGGAGAAAGCACUUAACCGCGGCCGAUAGAGGGUCUGCCGUGAGCAGGGUGAAGUCUGCAUAAUUAGGUGAAGAGAGCUCGACAACAAUCAUUCUUAGCCCAGUGUGCAUUGAAAUGUAGCUUUGUUCCUUCAAUUUUGACGGCAAUGUGUCUCCGGCCAUUGGCAAUCAAAGUAAGUUUUGUAGCUCUGAUCUGUGAUGAUAAUGUUCUGGCCUGCGAGGCGUGUAGAGCUGGAUCACAAAAUUGGAGGCUCCAUUACCCUCGAACUGUGUAAUUCUGUGUGUUGUAAAGAGCGCAGCAGCUCCGUGUAAUGGUCACGAGAUCAGUGUAUUAAGAUCACGAUGGUGGCAAGGACGUUUUGCCUUGCCCUGUGUAAUCCAUGGAUUUUCCCACGC